AAAAAAACCCUACUAGCAUCAAAAGGUGGGGAAUAAUCGAGGCUCCUUCAUAUAUCGGCCUUUCUUCCUCAUCGAAUCACUUGUUCGCAUACACACUUUCCAAAGCACCAAAAGCACAGGCGCAUCCACGCAUAUAGUCGACCUCGGUCUCUAUAAAAGCUAAAAAUACUAAAAGAUGGAGUUUGUAUUAGCAAUCAUUAGCCCGGUUAUUGAAUCUAUAAUGGUUCCUGUCAAGAAACAGCUAGGAUAUAUCUUUUACUCCACAAAACAUGUUACAAACAUGAAUACUAAAAUGAAGCAACUAGAUGCUGCAAGCCUUGAUGUCAAAAAUCACAUGGAGGAACAACUGAAAAGGGUUGCAGAAGAUAAGAAAAUGUUUGAUUAUGUUGUGAAGGUGGUUAUUGGGCAACAAAUUGACAUGUUUUCUAUUCAGCAAACUGUGGCAGAAUACAUGGGUGAAUCCCUCAUUGAAACGAAUAAAACUACAAGAGCAGAUUGUCUUCGUAUAACAUUUGGGAACCCUCCAAAAGGUAGAAACAAGGUUUUAGUGAUAUUAGAUGAUGUAUGGGAGACGAUUGAACUCGAAGAUAUUGGACCGAGUCCUUUUCCCAACGACUUCAAGUUGUUGCUGACAUCACGAAAUAAAAAUAUUUGCAAUAAAAUUGCAGUAGAAGCCAAUUUGGAUAUGACACUAGUAAUAGUGGAUGUGAUGGAGGAGGUUGAAGCAUUGAAUUUCUUUUGGCAAAUCAUUGGGGUUUCAAAACAAGAUGACGUGGAGCUGAAUCAAAUAGGAAGUGAAAUUGUGAGAAGAUGUGGUUUUUUGCACCUUGCCAUCAACUUUGGUAGCCUUUCCAAACUUAGAAACUUUAGCUCCUGAAACUUAAUUCCACCAUUCUUCCUAUGUGCAAGUACUUCCAAAACAGGACAUUGUGAAACUGUAAGGACGCUCAAGCUUCACCAAACCACUUGCAAUAGGGAUUGUGAAGAGGUAUCCUAAGUUUUCACACUUGAAAACAUCAAGGACUCUUAGAUUAUUAAACGUUUGUUGGAGCCGAUUCCAACCGAUUCCGGUAUAACUUCUUCAAGAUCAUUCAUACCAUCCACUUCUAAAUAAAGCACCUGGGUUGUGGCAAUGAAUUUGAAUCAAACUCAUUGUCACAACCCAGGUGCUUUAUUUAGAAGUGGAUGGUAUGAAUGAUCUUGAAGAAGUUGUAUUGGAAUCAGUUCGUCUUUCUCAACAGACGUUUAAUAAUCUAAGAGUCCUUAAUGUUUUCAAGUGUGAAAAUUUAAGAUACCUCUUCACAAUCUCUAUUGCAAGUGGUUUGGUGAAGCUUGAGCGCCCUUACAGUUAAACAGUGUUCUGUUUUGGAAAUACUUGCAUAUAAUGAGAAUGGUGGAAUUAAGUUUCAGGAGCUAAAGUUUCUAAGUUUAGAAAUGCUACCAAAGUUGAUAGGUCUUUACAACACUGCUAAUGUAAUUGAGCUACCAAAGCUGGUGGAGUUGAAACUCGAUGGCCUUCCUAAUUUCACUACCAUUUAUCCUGAGAAUACAUCCCUGCAACAUCUUCUAUGCCCAGUAACAUGUCUCCCAAUCAACCAUUCUUGAACAAAGAGGUACCUCUAUAUUAGAGACAUUGAAAAUUCUUAGUAUUGAUAAGCUGAAAGAGAUAUGGCCUUGUCAAAUUUAGUGGUAACGACGAAGUUAAUACGUGCAUGUUGUGAGAGAUUCAUGUGAAGGAAUGUGACAAUCUUGUGAAUCUGUUGCCAACAAAUCCAAUGUUGCUGCUGCAUCAUGUGGAAGAGAUUAGUGUUUUUCAAUGUGGAAGUAUUGAAGUGUUAUUUGACAUCGACAUGAGUUGUUUUGGGAAGAAAGCAAGAGAAACAUUGAAUUUGCUCAGAAAAGCCGUGAGAUAUGUGAUAUCAUUGAGCUUUUUAUUUAUAUUUAUAUUUUGAUGUUUGAGCGCUUAUGUAUGUGUCUCUAUAUACCACAUGUAUUUAUAUGUAUGUAUUCAUAUGUGUAUGUAAAUGUGAUAGAUCCUAGCUGAAUCUACCAGAUAACAUAAGAAUUCUAACAUUUGCACUAAAAGAAAUACUUGAUAAAAUUUAGAUAAUCCCUUUUGAGA